AUCCACUCAACGUCCUUCCCCGCAAACAGCAACAGCCCGACUUUACCAAAGCGCCGAACUCCUCAUUCAUUCUCGACACAUCCUCAACUGCCUUGGACACAUUCGAAGCCAAAGGCGCACAUUUCUAUUCCUUCUCAUAACGAAUAACACGCGAUCCCUCACAACGGCUUCCGAGAACUGAUUUCGAAUGGGACUUGCCCAACUACUGGUGCCGUUCCUCGUCACCUGGUUCGGCAUCCAUGCCUUUCUCUUUCUUCUACAGCGGUUCCUGAACCGCCCCAAUUUGCCCGUCGGCCCAGGCAGUGGUCCUGUUCGUAACAAUUGACUUCUUUCCUGAGAUUACCUAUGCGUUUGCUCUUUAUUCUAGCGUAAAAAUGUAUAUCCGAGCGUGUGUUCCUAACACCUUCCUCUAUCUUAUUUUUACUAUCCCUCCGCAGGAAUACGAGCUCCUCCCUACAGCAAUAUCAACAACUGCAAGCUCAGGAUCGGGACAACUAUCACCGGGAGGAACCUCCAAAACCGGAGGGCCUUCCAGCGGAUUACUGGUCAAGCCAUUCUAUAUCCGUUUCUCAACCACGACUCUCAACUCUUUCUUCUUCCGACUCGGCAAUUCACCCCGACUGGCGCGCUUCUGGAGAGUCUGGUAUGGUCUUGGAGUCGCCUUUGGCAUGGUGGCCAUGGUCGCCGGAUGCGCUUUGCUGAUGUAUGCGGCCAUCAGGUUGAUCGCAGUGGCGGGCUCAGCGAUCUGGACACUAUGGCCGCUAGGAUCAGUAGACGUGGAUCAGAAUCAGAGCCAUCAUUUGGGGUCUGUCAGAGGACGCCAGCAGGACGUGGAAGGAUCGUUGAAUCGGUUCAGGAAACGUGGUUUGGGCGAUAAUACGAAGGCGGUUUCCAAUACGGCGGCUAUUUCCACGGAUGCAUCGGAAAACGAGAUGGUGUUUGUGCCAGUUAUCCCAGGUGUCACCUUACCCAUCUCGCACCUUCCAUAUUAUUUGAUCGCGCUUCUCAUCUCUGGGAUCUUCCACGAAGCAGGGCACGCCAUUGCAGCAGCUCGAGAAAAGACACAAGUGUCAUCAACAGGCAUCUUCUUGUACAUAUUAUACCCCGGAGCCUUUGUCGAUAUUUCGUCGCGAGCCUUGGCGAUCAUGUCGCCCCUACAACAACUAAGAGUCAUCUGUGCAGGCGUCUGGCACAAUGCGGUUCUAUUUUUCGCAGCAUGGAUCUUUUUAUCUAGUGGCGCACUACAGUUGUCAUUCAGACUCAUCGGCUGGAAGCACAUGGAUGAUGGAAUCAGCGUGGUCGAUGUCGCUCAAGUAUCCCCGCUCUCUGAAGUGUUGAAACCCGGCAGUGUCAUUACGAGGUUGGAUGAUACAUUGCUAAAGGGCGACCCCCUCAAUAUCUGGUCCAACGCCCUUCUACCCUCAGCAGCAUCAGAAUAUGGCCACGUAUCACCAGCCCAGGAUUCCGGCUUUUGCAUACCCAACACCCUCCUAUUCGUAAAACCCUCGGACUGCUGCUUAUUCACCCCGGACACACAAUUCGGCCACUCCAAGGACAGUUCGCUCUCAUGCUUCACGCCCUUCGACCCCUCAGACCCCUCACAAACACCUCUCUCCGACGAUCUCGGCGAAAGAAUCCUCGCCAAAAAUGGGCAAUGCCUCCCCGCGUUCGACAUCCUCGCCAACCCAAACCCUGUCCGCUGCACUCCCCGGAAUCCAACCUGCAAAGACGGUACCACCUGUUAUCGCCCCUUCAUCGCCUACAGGACUGGCUCCUUGGUCCGCAUCUACUAUUCAACACCGUCAUGGAUGCAAUCGAAAGAAACGACAGACACAACAGGAUUCAAACCUGAUUCAAUACCUUCGCGGGCAGGCGAACAUGUGGUUGUGUACCAGGGUGAUCCGAAGGAUAUCUGGGAAGCUGUACAAGUGACAACCAUGGAGUCUCGAUGGUCAUUCCUCCCACUAUGGCUCCCAAACGCGAUCUUAUUGACGAUUCGGUACACGAUGUCGUUCUCGUUGGCGCUGUCGGUCUUGAAUAUCGUCCCGGCGCGGCAUUUGGAUGGCCAUCAUGCGUUCAAGGCGUUUGUUGCGCUACUGUAUUCGAUAAGACAGAGUAAUAAGGCCACACAGUCUUUACGGGAGAGUCUUGUAGAGUGCUUGCUAGAUAACGGGUCCACAAUUGCUGGAUCUUCGUCCUCAGGCCUUUCGACGGCGAUGUAUCCAAAGGGCUCGAGAGUCGUCAAGGGCAUGGUCAUUAGCACCACUGUGCUGCUCGGCGCAGUGAUGAUCGGCAGCCUUGUGCAGAUGGGUAUUACCUUUAUAUGGAAAUAAACUGCUCUUCAC